CAGAUAUUGAAAAUUAUGAAGAAUGGAAGUGUGAGAGGCCUUAGUGUUGUGGCCUUUGAGCUUGAAGUAGUCGGCUACACCAUUGCACUGGCGUAUUGUCUCCACCAAGGGCUUCCCUUUUCAGCUUUUGGGGAGUUGGCGUUUCUUUUGGUCCAAGCUAUAAUUUUAGUUGCCAUAAUCUACUAUUAUUCUCAACCUUUGGGUGCCUCAACAUGGAUCAGGGCAUUAAUAUAUUGUGCUGUAGCACGUACCAUCUUGGCUGGUCAAAUUGAUCCCAUUCUCUUUGAAGCACUAUAUGUUACUGAACUUUCCCCGGAAGAAGCUGAGAGUGUGACAGGUGGCUAUGGUAAAAGUAUUAGCCAUGUGAUCAUUGGAUUAAAAACUGUGAAAGGAACCAAGCAACUGAAGUUGGACCCAACCAUUUAUGAUGCCUUGAUCAAGGAGAAGGUGGCUGUUGGUGAUGUUAUAUAUAUUGAAGCAAAUAGUGGAGCAGUAAAGAGGGUGGGCAGAAGUGACGCUUUCGCUACAGAAUUUGACCUUGAAGCAGAUGAGUAUGUUCCACUUCCUAAAGGAGAGGUUCACAAAAAGAAGGAGAUAGUUCAGGAUGUGACACUACAUGAUCUGGAUGCUGCAAAUGCACGGCCUCAAGGUGGGCAAGAUAUUCUGUCACUAAUGGGGCAGAUGAUGAAGCCUAGGAAAACAGAAAUCACUGACAAGUUAAGACAAGAAAUUAAUAAGGUUGUUAACCGGUACAUUGAUGAAGGUGUAGCAGAACUUGUCCCUGGAGUUCUAUUCAUUGAUGAGGUACAUAUGCUGGAUAUGGAAUGCUUUUCAUACUUGAAUCGUGCUUUAGAGAGCUCACUGUCUUCAAUAGUAAUCUUUGCCACAAACAGAGGGUUUUGCAAUGUGAGAGGGACUGAUAUGAACCGUCCUCAUGGCAUACCUGUCGACUUGUUGGACCGGUUGGUUAUUAUCCGAACACAAACUUAUGAUGUUGCUGACAUGAUAAAGAUUUUGGCUCUCCGUGCAAAUGUGGAGGACCUAGUAAUAGAUGACGAAAGUUUGGCUUACCUGGGUGACAUUGGUCUACAAGCAUCCUUAAGGCAUGCAGUUCAGCUGUUAUCGCCCUCCAGUAUUAUGGCAAAAAUGAAUGGCCGUGACAAUAUCUACAAGGCGGAUAUUGAGGAAGUGAAAGCUCUCUAUAUGGAUGCAAAGUCUUCAGCAAGACUUCUUCAAGCGCAGCAGGAAAAAUACAUUUCAUGAAAAUUCUAAACAAUUUUCCCUGAAUGUCAAAGAUAGUCUGAAUUUGGAAGUAGCAUUAUUUAGGUUCGGUUAGCUUCUCUGUCGUGAGUUUUGAAAGAGCAGGAGGUUUUGGUCAAAGACUUUGGCUUCGUUGAUAAUUAAUGUGUGUAAAGGCGAAA